CUCAGGGUCACUUCGAUUGUUCUUUUCUGUAUCUUUUCCAAUGCUAUGAUUUUUGAAAAGGGAUGACCAGAACUGAACUAAAAUUAACCAAAUUAAGUAAACAAGGAGGUGGAUCUUCGGUUUCAUUUCUUUAAAAGGAGGCGGACCUUCUGGAUUCCUCUGUUUUAGAUAUAUAAUCCCAUUCCCAGGCAGAUGCCUUUUGUUCCUGCUUCAGAUGAGGACUGGUCACCACUGCCUCCAGCCAUGGCCUUUGAGACGAUCCGGAGAGGCCGUGAAAAACUCAUCACUUUCCUCCAAGUGGCACCUGACCUCAUCUUGGAUGAUGUGGCCUCCCAGGGCUUCAUCUCUGAAGAGGAUUACAGCGUUCUAGAUAAGCUGCUGGACCCAAAGGUGAAGAUGCGCAAACUCUUGGUGAAGAUACAGAUCAAAGGAGAAGAGACCUGUCAGAAGUUCUUGGAGGGCAUAAGGAGCCUUUUUCCAAAUUUGCCUCCGGAUCUCUGGCCUCCAACAACUGGUUGCUCCUCUGCAAAAUUCCCAGAUCAGGGCUGUGACGAUGCUGCCAAAGUUUUGGAGAGGAAGGAAUCGGAAAAUCCAGAGGUGGACCCAAAGGACAAAGGAUCCUCUGUGAUGAAUGGAUGUGGGAACUUGAGAGGGGCCCCGUGCUCUGAGCAGAAGGGUCCUGAAACUCCAGAAGCUGUCUUGGAAGGAGUGCCAAAGUCAGGCGAGAAGAUACCGUCAGUGAAGCUAUCACAAAAUUCUAAAGAAUUAGAAAAUGUAUCCAGUCAGCAAGAGCCUGGACAGGAAGUGCUGGAGGAAGAGAAUAUUGUUGAUGAGAGAGUGAAGAGUUUCCUGGUGAAGCUGGGCCUCAACAGGCAAAGAAACAGAAAACUCACUAUGGGAGAAGUCCUGGAAAUCAACUCGGAAGUUCUCAAAACAUUGCCUCCUCAGACACUGGAAGAUCUACCUUGGUGCUUCUUGAGGAAAUUGAUGGCUCUCAAUGGGACAGCCAGAAGCACAGGCCUUGUCCUGAAGGCUGAGGAGGGGUCAAAUGAGGACGGGGAGGAUGAUGGAUGUGAGGUGUUUUCUCUGAGGGAAAUGGACACUGGAAUCCGUGUGAACCCCCUUGAUGUUCUUUGUGCCACAAUGCUUUGCUCUGAUAGCUUCCUUCAGCAGGAGAUCUUGCUCAAAAUGUCCAUGUGCCAGUUUGCUCUUCCCUUGAUCUUGCCUCCCCUUGACAGUCCCAACUGCACUUUCAUGGUCUGGGCCAUGAGGGGUAUUGUGAGAAAAUGGAGACCCCAUUCCCUUGCUGAAAGUAGAGGUUUCAGAGAGGAGAGCCUGGUCCUUGCUUCCAUGCCAACCAUUUCCUUUGUGCGGAUGGGAAGCUGCAGUCUCUCCAAAUCCAGGCUUCUCAAUGAGGUCCUCAGUUCCUCUCAGCAGCACCAUGAUUUCUUUGUGCAUAGGGACAUGGAGAAUGGGAAUGUUCCUCGUGAGAUCAGUGAUGGUCUGGUAGAAAUCUCCUGGUAUUUUCCUGGUGGGAGGGAAAAUUCAGAUCUUUUUCCAGAGCCUAUAGCAAUAGUGAACCUGCGCGGAGACAUGAAGUCCCACUGGCUGCAAUUCAGUAUGUUAACAGAGGUCUCCUCAGCUGUAUUUAUAGUAGCUGAGAACAUCUCCGAUGAAGAAUACAACUUGCUAUUGACACUCCCUGCAUCGUCAUCCAAAUACUACUUUAUUUUGAAUAUUGAAAGUGGAAAGUCGGAGGAAACAUUGAAAUUCCUUAACAAACUAGCUCCGGUGUUGAACAUGAACAAAUCACAGCUCCUGGUGAAAAAGAAGAGCCAGAAUACCACAGAAUUUGUGGCAAAGCUUCGGUUGGCCAUGAGGAGCUUAGUGAACUCUCACCAAAAGCUGAUGAAUAUGGAAGAAAUAGCCAAUGUAAGUCGCAAACUGGGGUUCCAGACAGAUGAGGAUUUGAAAGGCUGGUCUAAUGGAAUUUUACAUGCCAAGGAAAUUGUGGAAGAAAUAGAAGAUGUUGCAAGCUACAAGAAGGAAAUGCUGAAACUGCAGGGGGACUUGUGGAGAAACUUGGCCAAAGUGGAAAAAGAGCUGUGCAGGAUGAAAAGGCAAGCAGACACCCCAACGGAAGACUACAAGUCUCAACUUGGGGAGAAACUGAUUGACUUGCGUGUACAGCAGAAUCAAUGUGACCUUACUAAUGGGAUAACCAAAUUUAUUAACGGAAUACAAAAUCUUCAGCCAGUGGAGAAGCAUUAUUUCCUGAAAUGGAUGAAGUUCAACUUAGAUCAUAUUGCUAGGGCAAACUUGUCCAAAUUACGAGAAGAAUAUAAAGAGAAAUGUCACAUUGCUGGAAAUGAUCCACAACAAUUAGCACAGCUGGAUGAAUUAAUUUCUACCAGUUCCUUAGGCGUGGAACACUUCAUGCGUGAAUUGGGGCAGUUUUAUGAGGCCGAAUACACUAUGGUGAAGGAAGGUAAUCUGGCAAACAAUCAAAGACAGUUUCUUCAUCUACCUGGGAUAGCUGCUGACUUGAUGCAGGAAGGAUUUCCGAUGGAGCUGAUUGAUGGUGAUGCAUCCAACAUACCACUGCAAUGGAUAACCGAUGUUCUGACCACACUCAAUGAGAAACUAGGAGGUCGAUCCAAAAUGAUGGUAAUAACUGUGCUGGGGGUUCAGAGCACUGGCAAAUCCACCCUUCUCAAUACCAUGUUUGGUCUCCAGUUUGCAGUGAGCAGUGGCCGAUGUACACGUGGAGCUUUCAUGACACUCCUUAGAGUUGCAGGGAGCUUGCAGCAAGAAAUAGGUUGUGACUUCAUCCUGGUGAUCGACACAGAAGGCUUGAAAGCCCCUGAGCUGGCCAAACUGGAGGAUAGCUAUGAACAUGACAAUGAGCUGGCCACCCUCGUGAUUGGUCUGAGUGACAUCACAAUAGUGAACCUGGCUAUGGAGAACGCCACUGAAAUGAAAGAUAUCCUGCAAAUUGUAGUCCAUGCAUUUCUGAGGAUGGAGGAAAUAGGGCACAAACCAAACUGCCAAUUUGUGCAUCAAAAUGUCAGUGAUGUGUCUGCCUAUGAACAGAAUAUGAGAGAUAGGAAACGCCUCCUGGAACAGCUCAAUGAAAUGACCAAAGCUGCAGGAAGAAUGGAGAAAUACUGCAAGGAAGUGUCUUUUUCAGAUAUAAUGGAAUAUGAUCCAGAGAAACACAACUGGUACAUCCCCGGCUUGUGACAUGGAGUCCCACCUAUGGCUCCAGUCAAUAUGGGAUACAGUGAGAGUGUAUCAGAGUUGAAAAGGUAUCUAUUGGAGUUCAUGAGAACUGGCUCACAAAAUAGAUCCCUUAAAGAUAUUUCCCAGUUUGUUGAAUGGGUAAAGAGCCUGUGGAAUGCUGUAAAACAUGAAAACUUUCUUUUCAGCUUCCGUAACAGCCUUGUAGCUGAUGCUUAUAACCAACUCUCAAUGAAAUAUGCAGAAUGGGAGUGGGAUUUCCGGAAGGAGAUGCAUCUCUGGGUGUCCAGAGCUGAUACCACAAUUCGGAAUCAAUCCCUAGAAGAGAUAGAAGCUGGUGCAUUUGAGAAUUUAAGACAUGAUGCUCAACAGAAAUUGCAUGAUGGAGAGCAGAAGAUAUUACAUUGCAUAGAGAGCUAUUUUGAGAAUGGUGGAGAAAGUUUGCACCUUAUAGAAAAAUACAGAGAAGACUUCAUCAGAAGUGCCAAGUUCCUCCGGAACCAGCUGGAGAACUAUUCUAUUAACAAGUGCCAGGAGGCCAUCCUUAUUAAAAAGGGACAAAGCAAGAUAGAGAGUCUGCAGGCCAGAUACUUGAAAACCAUAGAAGGGAAAGUGAACAAGCUCUUGGGAGAGUGUAAAGAGCAGGAAAGCCAACUGAAGCUUGAGGAACUGGAACAGGAGUUCAACAACAUGUGGAAAGAAUCCUUAUCAGAAUUGCCACCUAGUACUUUAACUCAUCCCGAAAUUCAUAGAGAUGUCCACAAUCAGCUUAGAAAAGAUUUGGAACCUCAGGGCAGCUUGGCCAAUCAGAUCUUCCAGAAGCUACUCAGCUCUUCAGGCAAUCACAGGACAACUUUUGCCAUGAAAAAGGAAUAUCUAGAAUCUUCAUUCAUAAGUACAGUAAAAGGUCUAUUCAAGGAUUAUCUAGGUGAAGCAGAGGAACAUGCCAGAUCUCUGAUUCAAGACUGCAGGAGUUAUGUUGCAAAUAAAAUCAAUACAAAAGGGGACUAUGAUGAAACAUAUUGUCGGGAAUUGUUGAUGAUUAUCAAUAAGAGUAUUCAAGGAAAGAAAUUUCAGAAACUUCAUACUACCAUUCACUUUGAAGUAGAUCUGAAAUAUUGCAUUCUGGGAGAAGCAGUGGAUGCUUUUCAAAAGAUGCAUGAUAACUUCUUCAAGGCAAACAACCCUUAUCAGCGUCUGGAAAAUCUCAAGCCUCAGUAUUUCUCCAUUUUCAAAGACCUUUACUAUGAAAAGGAUGCUUGUCAGAAGAGAGCCAAGGAUUUUUGUGAUCUGUGUCUGAGACCAGCUCUGGUGGACAACCUCAAUAAGAAACUUGGGAUAGAAAUAGUAGAUGAUAUUCUCUGCAGCAGGCAAUCCAUUCAAUAUGGAAGUCGGAGCUUCUUUCAGUUCACUGUGCAGAAGAAACUGCUAGAAGAGGAAAAAUUUGAGGACUAUGUGAAUUAUAUAAACCACUAUGAAGAUUUUGUGAAGUCUUGGAUCCAAGCACAGCUGGUUGACCAUUAUAGGCAGAGAGAGGAUCUAGAAACCUUGGAGAGAAGAAUCCUAUCUGCUGUGAUAAAGAAAAUAAAAGAGGCUUUGGGAAGCUGUACAAACCAAACGGGGACUUUGUCUGAAUUCUUGGAGGACUUCAGCUAUGAGAUGAGUGAAGAACUUGUCAUUUCCAAAGACUCUCUGGAUGUCAUCCUUUUCAACAAUGUUGCCAAAGCAGGAUCCUUCUCAGAUGAGGUUCAGGCCUAUGUCCCUGAGGUGAUGGAGGACAUCCUUUGGGAUCAGAGUUUGAUGAGUGUAGAGAAAAUACUGUCAAACAUCCACUUGAAGCCCCAGGAGGAGAUCUUCAAGCGAGUGUUUGGCUGUGGCAAGCAGUGUCCCUUCUGCAAAGUCCCCUGUGAAGCUGGUGGUGACAACCAUCAGGAACACUUUGCAUCUGUCCAUCGACCUCAGGGGUUAGGGAAAUAUAGAUAUCUUUCAACAAGCAAGCUUGUAUAUUCCUUAUGCUCCUCUGAUGUUGUCUCAAAUGCCACUUUUAUUAAUGUGGACACGGCUGGAAAAGAGCAUCCCUAUAAAGACUAUCGCCACUACUAUCCUGACUGGCGCAUCCAGCCUGAUGCCAGCAUUGCUGCCUCAGACUACUGGAAAUUUGUGUUUGUGAAAUUCAAUCGUCAGUUUGCAGAAAAGUAUAAUGCCGUCCCUGCUCAUCUCCCUCAUGCAUGGAAGGCAAUAACCAAGAGCCGAGCACUGGAAAGCAUCCAGGACGUCUUUAACAUGAAAUAAUGGCCGUUGCUGCUAUUUUCAACUUGACCCCAAAGUGCUGAUCAGGUUAUGGACACAUUUACUGAACAUCAACCCAUUAUUAAAGACCCUUAAUCUGCAACGUUAUUGACAUGGUAUACUUUAUUUAGUGAUAUAAUUAUUGACAUUGAUACUUUACCUGACAGGUUUUAAGGGCAAACAGCCAGAACAGCUCUUCAAAAAGAAGAGGAUUCUGGUGGCAAAGUUAAUCUAGAGUUAAGCUACCUGAGAUGGAACAGCACUGUGUCUUCAUAGCAGAAUAGGAAGCCAGUGUGGAAGGAGAAUAAAUAAGUUUCCUCAUAGUUUUGGGAUGUCCUGACUAACCUGCAUAAACACACACACACACACACACACACACACACACACAGAUGGACAACCAUCUUCAGCUGUGGGAAGAGUUUUAGUGAGGAAGGGUCCAAGCUUGCAGGUUCCACUUAAAACACUCUAGGCCUAGUGCAUGUAUUUUCUGCAUAGGAAAGCACUUCAGAAGAUGGCACCGUCAGUUUGUAGGUUUGAUCUCACAAAUUAUUUUGCUUUGUACUUAGAUUGUGUUGUGAUCUCUGUCUCAGCAGUAUGAAGAAUUAAAGCACACAAAAAAGUUA